AUGAUUGAAUUGAAAUUAGGAGUUGGAGUGAGUGAUUUCAACCUUGAGAAAGCUGUGUGUAAUCAUGGUGCGUUUAUGAUGGCACCAAACCAAUGGAUUCCUUCUUCCAAGACACUCCAACGUCCACUUCGUCUCUCCAAUUCAGACACUUCCCUUUUGGUCUCUAUCAACCAAUCUUCUUCUUCUCUACUUACCCUUCAAAUCCACUCUCCUCGCUCCCUCCCUCCUAAAGAUGAAGUGGCUAUAUUGGAUCAAGUGGCUCGGAUGUUGCGACUUACAGAGAAAGAUGAAGAUGAGAUUAGAAGAUUUCAAAAUCUGCACCCCACAGCCAAACAGAUUGGAUUUGGUCGGAUUUUUCGAUCUCCAUCUCUCUUCGAAGAUGUGGUCAAGUCCAUCCUUAUGUGCAAUACCUCGUGGAGAAGGACGCUGGAAAUGGCGGAGAAGCUAUGUGAGGUACAAGCCAAAAUGAGGGAAAGUAAGAAGAGGAAAAGGAAAGGGAAUAAUGAAAGAGGCAAUUUUCCAAAUGCAAGGGAGGUUUGUAGGAUGGGAGUUGAAGCGUUGAAGAAUCAUUGCCUUGGUUAUAGAGCUAAUUACGUGGUUAAAUUUGCUCAAAGUGUUGAGAGUGGGAGAAUUAACCUCCAAUCAUUAGAAAAACCAGUGUCCUCUCCGGAUGCAUUCCCUAAAAUCAAAGGGUUUGGUCCUUUUGCGACAGCCAAUAUAUUCAUGUGCCUUGGAUUUUACCACCAACUCCCAAUUGAUACUGAAACCAUAAGGCACUUAAAACAAGUGCAUGGAAUCCAAUAUUGUACCAAGAAGACAGUUGGGGAAGAUGUGAAGCAAAUUUACGACACCUAUGCUCCUUAUCAAUGCUUGGCUUAUUGGUUGGAGCUUGUCCAGUACUAUGAGACCAAAUUCGGAAAGCUCAGUGAAUUGUCUUCCUUUGACUAUCACAAGAUUAGUGGCUCCACUCUCCACCUUUGA